CACGUUUCACUCUGGUGUCUACCGCUCUUUUCAUCAUCUUCUCAUCAUGAAAGCUCUCAUUCUCGUCGGUGGUUUUGGUACCCGUCUUCGCCCUCUCACUCUUACCCUUCCCAAGCCGUUGGUUGAAUUCGCCAACAAGCCCAUGAUCCUCCAUCAGAUCGAGGCUCUUGCAAAGGCUGGUGUUCGUGAUAUUGUUUUGGCUGUGAACUAUCGCCCUGAGGUUAUGGUUUCAGUUCUCCAGCAAUAUGAGGAAAAGUUCAAUGUUAAGAUCACAUUCUCGGUCGAAACUGAACCUCUCGGUACUGCUGGACCACUUGCGCUGGCUCGCGAGAUCCUUGGAAAGGACGAAAGCUGCUUCUUCGUUUUAAACAGCGAUGUCAUUUGCGACUAUCCUUUCGAGCAACUUGUCGAUUUCCAUAAGUCUCACGGCGGCGAAGGUACUAUUGUUGUCACCAAGGUUGAGGAUCCUUCAAAGUAUGGUGUGGUCGUCAACCACGCUGAUUCCUCCAAGAUUGAGCGUUUCGUCGAGAAGCCUCAGACUUUCAUCAGCAACAAGAUCAAUGCUGGUAUUUACAUAUUGAACCCCACCGUUCUAAACCGAAUUGAGCUCAAGCCCACUUCCAUUGAGAAGGAAGUCUUCCCCUUCAUUGCCGAGGAUGGUCAACUUCACACCUUCGACUUGGAUGGUUUCUGGAUGGACGUUGGUCAGCCCAAGGAUUUCUUGACUGGUACCUGUUUGUACCUUUCUCAUUUAUCCAAGAAACACCCUGAGCAACUUGUCAACCCUACUUUGGAGUAUGUUCAUAAGGGUAAUGUUAUGGUUCAUCCUUCCGCCAAGAUUGGAAAGGGAUGUCGUAUUGGUCCCAAUGUAGUUGUUGGACCUGAUGCCGUCAUUGGAGACGGUGUUCGCUUGCAGCGAUGUGUUAUCUUGGAAGGAGCCAAGGUGAAGGACUUCGCCUGGGUCCACUCCAGCAUUGUUGGAUGGCACUCCAGCGUUGGCAAAUGGUCCCGCUUGGAAGGAUGCUCUGUUCUUGGUGACGAUGUUACCAUCAAGGAUGAGAUCUAUGUCAAUGGUGGCUCUAUCUUGCCUCACAAGAGUAUUGCUGCUAACAUUACUGAGCCUCAGAUCAUCAUGUAAAUAUAUCUCUUUACUUUUCUAUUGAGCCUACAACCACCUCCUUCAUCUCAAGCAACGCACGAUCGACAUGGUCAAGUACAUAUCCCCCAACUUUUUUAUUUUUAUUUUUCAAAAAAGCUUUCAUACGUAGCGAGCGCCCUUUACUCUUAAACCCCCCAAAAUUUUUUGACGAUGUACGAGAAUAUAUUGCAUACUUAUUGCUUGGAUCUUUUUGGUCGAGCAUUUAGCCACGUAUUCAAAGAAUAAAAUCACAUAUGAAAAAGACUGGCAUA